AUGGACCCGACACCCUCCAGCUCAACCACUGCCCACCCAGCCCAGGGGCUGUCCCCUCCACGCGGCUGGGGCCUGGACGUGAGGCUGAAGAGCGCCCCUCAGAGGAGGUCAGCAGACCUGCUGCUUGGCUGGACAGCUCAGGGCAAACAGGACAAAGUCCAGGCUGCGGGCUCCUGGGUGAGGGAGGGAGCUCAGUCCCUGGGCUCGCUGGAGCUGAGGCAGCCCUUCACCCCUACACUGUCCCACCUCUACCUGCACACACACUCACAAGAGCCUGGGAACGAGCCGCACAGCACCUAUCAGGCCAUGUUCUCCUGGGACAGAGGAAGGCCUGUGAAUGUUUCCAUAACAAUGAGCCAACACUCCCUGGAGUCCUCCAGCCGGGGCCAAGCAUGUUUUUUCUUCAUACCUGGACAGUUGCAGGCGGAGCGCCACCUGGUGAAGAUGCAGGGCUGCGUGUCGGCAGCGCGGGAGGGCCAGUCGUACACCCAAAACUCUGAACUCCUGUGGAGUGACAAGAGGAUUACACAGAGCAUGAAAUACCAGAUUAGGCCAAAGGCCAUGCACUCUCUGCAGGUGGAGGUGGGAGCUGAGAACGUCUCGCCGCCGCCCUGCCCCACCCACCACCUCCAGGCUCAGAUCCGCACCAACUGCCGCGACACUCUGGAGCACCACCUGCUGCUAGGGCUCUGUCCUCCCCGCCCUGCCCUGUCCUGGUCGGGGAGCCACCGUCUCAACCGGGGGAAGGAGGUGUUCUACAGCCAGACGAGGCUGGCGGUGUCUGGACAGCCCCAGCUCAGCAGCAUCACCCUGGCCCUCACCAACACCUCCACCACCCAGCGCACCAACUUCUCCAUGCUCACCCAGUGGCAGAUGGGUAACUGGAGUGUGGAGGCGGGGGGCUGCGCUGUGUCUUCUGGACGAGGUCCAGGGCUGCGUCUGCAGGCCAGACUGGACGGCACUGAGCGUGUCUGGGUUCACGCCGGGGUGGAGAAACACUGUCUGAGGGCUGGACUGGGCUAUGAGGACGGACCGCACUCGCUCGAUGAUGUCACAAUGGGACUGUGUCUGGAGGGGCGGUACCACGCCACACUGGAGGCUCUGAGACACCUGGGCGGAGUCAAGAGGGAAACACUGGCCCUAGUCUCGUUAAGCGCAGCCAAUCAGAGCCUUGCUUUCAGCGCUAGAGGCUGUGCAGAGUGCCUGGCGGAUCUGGAGACGCGAUAUCUCCGCCUUGGCUCUCGCGUACGGAACAAGCUGCUGGACAGAGUGCAGAGGAUGCAGCAUCACCUCGUGGAUUUCAGAAAAAAAUCUGCGGACAGCCCGUUCCUGCAGGAGCUGAGUGCAGGUCCACUGCGUCUGGUCCAGAGGGCUGAGGUCCUGCUGCAUCAGAGGGCGGGGUUGACCUGGGCGACCUGGAGGUCAGGCUGGCUGCGGCGUGGACUGACGGAGACCCUGCCCCGCACGCUGCUGCUGCUGCAUCACACCGCACAACUCGCCCAGCAGGAGCUGCACAAGCCUCUGGCCACCCUGGCCGGCGCUUACCACGACGUGACGGGCCAGCGACUGGAGGCGCUCUGGCGAGAGGCCGUGGCCCUGUGGGGGCAGAGGCUCGUGGCGCUGUUGCCCGCGGUGCUCGAGGACCCCCAGCUACUGCGAGGGCCGGCCCAGGCCGCGCUGCACUCCCUCACCGCCGCCCUGGACAUGACGUGUCACCAAGCGGUGCAGUGGGCAGAGGCCAGGUUGGCAGCCGCACUGAUCGGGGCCAAGAGGCAGAUGGCGUCGGUGUACCAGCUCUCUCACAGUGACUACGAGGUGCGCCUGCGUCUGCUGCUGCCGGGCGGCUCGUGGCGGCGGCUGGGCCAGGCCGGCGUGGCGGAGGUGCUGCUGGAGGAGCUGCUGGUGCGGCCCCUGCUGGCGCUCAGCUCCCUGGACCCCGCCGCCGAGUUCUACCACCUGAAGAGGAGGCUCAUGGACGGCCCCUUCAACCACCAAGCUAUUCUGGUAGGAGACGAGUAUGCGGUAUCGUUUGAUGGGCAUCUCUAUGAAGUGCCUGCUUCCUGUGGCCUCCUGUUGGCCGUGGAUGCCAGCGGAGACUCGUUUAGUGUGCUGCUCAGUCCCGGAGCGCAGUCACAGCGCCCCCUACAGGUGAAGAUGGGGAACACCAGUGUGGCCAUUCAUCCCAGUGGAGAGGUGCAGUUGGACUGUCGUGUAACUCAACCUCCCUAUAAGCACAAUGGAGUCGUUAUCCAGAGAGACAUUAAUCUUAUCAAGGUGGCCGAUGAGAGAGGACUGGAGGUGUCAUGUGAACCAUUACAGGGUGUAUGCACUGUGACCCUGGACGGGUGGUUGCAUGGUGUGUCCGUCGGGCUACUGGGAACCAAUGACAACGAAGCCGCUAAUGACCUUAUCCGUCCAGAUGGCUCCCAGGCUGCAGACUCGGCCGAGUUCUCCCAAAGCUGGCAGGUGGAGCCACAGUGUCUCAACGAGGCGCCAGAGAAGGCGUGGCUCUGCCAAAACAUGACCUCUGACCUCUUGGGCUGCGCCGCGCUCUUCUGGAGCCCUGACUCUCCGCUCAGCUCCUGUUUUAGAGUGGUGGAUCCACUGCAGUUCCUGACAGUUUGCGAGAGAAGUGUUUGUCACUCGGUGCAGCCCUCCCACAGCGCCUCCUGUAAGCUGGCCAUGGCCUAUGUCCUCCUGUGUCGGAGAAAUUACGUCCCCCUUGAGCCGCCCGCACAGUGUGGAUAGAGCCAUGACCUCCUCUCACAAACUGGUAUAAUAAAACUGUUACGCAUUUAUUGUUGCUUUAGGUCUUGUUUAUGGGUCUGCUUCCAGACUAUAUGUUUGACACAGGUUAUGGCGCAGGUUUGAGCUUGGGGAGGGACAAAAGGUCAAGAUAGCCCAUAACUUUCAUUUUCAUGUUUUACACAGAAGACUGUUAAUUCUUUAUGCUUUCUAUUUACCUGUUCAUUGUGUAGCGGUGUCAACCUGAAGGCCGAUUCAUGAAAGCAGAAUUAAGAAA